AUGGCUGUGUCCUUUGCCUUGGGACUUUUACCUUGCUCUUCUUCUUACACUCGUCUCUCUUACAGUUCAAUUCGGUUUCCGACAUUGAACAACACAAACUCCCUCAAUCUGAGUUCCUCAGCUGCCAUCUCCGCUCCACUUCUUCGUCAAAAGCUAUGCACAGCUCCUUCUCCCCUCCCUCCAACCCUUCGCCCUCUAACCAUUGUAUCCGCUAAGGGCUACAAAAUGAAAACCCACAAGGCAUCGGCAAAGCGGUUUAGGGUGACGGGGCGAGGCAAAAUUGUGCGUAGGAGAGCUGGCAAGCAGCAUUUGCUUGUCAAGAAGAACACCAAACGCAAAUUACGACUCUCCAAAAUGCAUCCGGUCAGCAGGAGCGACUAUGACAACGUAAUUGGAGCCUUACCAUAUCUGAAAGUAAACAGAAAUGCUACAUAG